AAAGAGGGAUUACGAAAAUAGUGGAUGUAAUUAGUUUGUUAAUUACCACAUUUCUCUUUGCCGUUGAAUUGUGUCUCUUUUGUAGCUCAUAAAUAACGCCUCUUUCAUUCUUCCUACAAAUACGACCCCCAAUCACCUCUCUCCAGAAUCAUCUCUCUCUUUCUCUCUCUAGUUCUUCUGUAAAUCAAAGGAAAAAAGGAAACAAAGCCGCUGAAUUUCGAAGCAAUCAACAAAAGGAGAAAUGGCGGAUCAGUUGACCGACGACCAGAUCUCUGAGUUUAAGGAAGCUUUCAGCCUUUUCGACAAGGAUGGCGAUGGUUGCAUCACGACAAAGGAGCUCGGAACUGUGAUGAGAUCACUUGGGCAGAACCCCACCGAGGCUGAGCUUCAGGACAUGAUUAACGAGGUUGAUGCAGAUGGUAACGGAACAAUUGACUUCCCCGAGUUUUUGAACCUCAUGGCAAGGAAAAUGAAGGACACUGAUUCUGAGGAGGAACUAAAAGAGGCAUUCCGUGUGUUCGACAAGGACCAAAACGGUUUCAUUUCUGCUGCUGAGCUUCGCCAUGUCAUGACUAACCUAGGCGAGAAGCUUACCGAUGAAGAAGUCGAUGAAAUGAUCAGAGAAGCUGAUGUGGAUGGUGACGGUCAAAUCAACUACGAAGAGUUUGUUAAGGUUAUGAUGGCCAAGUGAUGCCUUAAAAAAAAAAAAACCCCACCUUUUAGUAAAAUCUAGAAAGAUCAAUAUUGGCAAAAAAAAAAAUGAUCUUUGAAAAAAAGAAAGUAAAUGAACAGGGUCGACUAGUGUAUCGGGUUUCUAGUUUCCUUUUUCAUCGUAUGAUUUUAUGGUUUUAAGUUCUUGAAUAUUGAAUGGUGGUGGCGUUGUCAUUGUUCCUCGAUUAUGUAUUUUUGUGACUCCUUAUUUGCACUACUUAAUAGUUUUUCGAGUAUUGUCGUUUUUUGCCUUGAUUAAUCAAGCUAAGCUUA